CAUGGCGGCCAAACGAAUUUUCCAAAUUUGCCUUUUAUUCCCCUAUUUUCUCUCAAUAUUUUGCGCUACGACUCCGGCACCGGCACCUACACCUAUUGGAAACCCAACACCGAUCGAUACUACAGUUGACAUCGGUCCAUGCACCUGUGAUCUAACAUCGGCUGCCUGUGAUGUGAACUGUUGUUGUGACCCUGACUGUACCGUUGAUGACAGAGGCGCGUUUAAGGAAUGUACCAACAGAAUAUCAGCGUUGAGCAGUCAGAUGUGCGUGUUGUCUUCGUUGAUUUUCACAAACAACACGCAAUACACCGUCAACAGAACAGACCCCUCAUUGUUCUGUGUUGUGACGGACAACUAUCAAGCGAGGAACUUCUACACCCUCCCCUCAGUGGCUAAUACGUCUGCAGCUAUCAAAUCAUACAUUAGUAGAUAUCAGCUUACAACGUAUGCUAUGAAGGCUGGGACAACUUACGAUUUCAAAAGUGUUACCUGGUAUAAGAGUGGUGACCCGGUCUACACGCUGUUCUCCAGUGAUUCCAUUGGCACAUUAGGAUUCCCUAAAAGUGGUAAUACAAUGCUCUGCAAUGACGACAACCCAGCUUCCUACCUUAUGGACGAGACGAGUGAGUGCGUGCGUGACCUUGGACAACCGCUUGCCCAGACUUGCCAGACAGAUAAGUCACUCACUGCAGAUACAUACUACAAAAACUUUAAGGUCGCAAGUACUCCAGAAAUCUUCAAACCGGCUGUGUUUGAUGUGAAUAAUCCUGAUUCAGCAUUUGUGAUUCCACUUUAUAACGCGACGCAGCUAGUGAUGGUGAACCCAGUGUUGCCUGGUACCUGCAUCGAUGCCAACGGUCUCUCCAGCCCAUGUACAAAUACAGGUUCCAUUCCGACACCGGCAUAUGACACGGCAACAAAAUUCUGUAACUACGCAGUUACGCAAGUCGAGUAUGAGAUCACCCAUGAAGGCACAAAGGGCAUUUUGAGCGUGGAUGUCAAGUUUGUGUUGAAGAAUAUUAAAGAUUCCGACUUGCCUUUAAAACAGACAUUUAAAGUAACAUGGAAACAGAAAAAUGCAACUGCAACAGUUGUCAAAAGUGGUAACCCUGGCUACAAGGUCGGUCAACCAGUUUUAGCCGGUUUGUUGAGGCAGACGACUGUUGGGAAUGAAGUCAGACAAGAUAUUCUCCUAAGCUCAAACCGUGACGAGAUGCUGACGAUGAUGACGAGCUCCAUUGUGGGUAGCUGUGACCAGAAUAAAAACCUACGGACUCCCGUCAAAUUUGGAAUUAACAUGAGAUCGGGAUGUACGUUCAGUGUUUCCUUGACGAAUAUGAGCAACGAUUGUCAGCUCAUCCAAGAUGAUGCCAAAAGAAUCCUGCUCGGAGGCAGUGAUCCACCUUCUUAUGUGGCCACAUUUGGAAACUCGGCUGUUGAGAAGGUGGGAGACUGGGUGCCGAUUUUGACGGAGAAUGAUCCAACGGGAGCAUCGGGCUCCACCACUCAGAAAGGCCUCUGCUCCAAUAUGGUCCUGGGAAUGAACCUGGAGAUUGUCUACGCCAACGUUGGCUCGCUGGCCAAUCCUCAACCAAAAAUCAUAGGUGUGGCAAGGGUGUAUGAUGAGGCUCAAGAACUGAAAUAUGAGUGCUAUGGCCCUUUUUGCCAACCAGACACGAUGGACCUCGGCCAAAACUUCGAGGUGACUAGUUCCGUUACAUUCGUUGAUGCAUCAGAGAAAGCUGUUCCAUUCUAUGCAGAGCGCCCCCUAUUAGCCAUCCGGCUGCCCUACGACUUCUUCUACCCGUUCUUAUCUGGUGGUGCCAACCGUUUGUUCCAGAACAAUUGGAUGUUUUUGGUUACGCUGUUGUUUGGGUUUCUGGUACUUUGAUGCGUCAUCGACUCCUUUCACAGCUGAAGAUCAUGGUCAGGACACGAAUGAAAGUAAACGGUUGUCUCAACGAAUAGGGCUUUAUUCGAAUGCCAUAACAUGCGAGCCUUGGUUUGGCAGCUAUUACGUGUAGUGUACAACAGUUAGUAUAGGUGGCGACACUGAACUGGUAUGAUACUCUGGGAUGCAUUACAAUCGUAUGGAGCAUUUUCUAAAAAUAAAUCGUUCUGAAACUGUUUUUUAUCCAAGAAUGCAAAAUGCGUCAGAAUUGUUUUUACGGGCAGGACGAAAAAUUCAACAGAAAUCACGUGUCUUCUAGUAAAGGUAAAGUUAUCAUACAUUGGGGUUUGAAAAAGUAACUCAAUACCAGAAAGAAUAAUGUUCGAAACGUUCGUAAAAAGCUGUCAAAAAAAAACAACAGCUAAGUAAUACCAGCAGAGGGGGUUGGACCCCUAGUCUCUUUUAUU